CACGAAGCCGGCGUUGAAGAUACGCAUUUCGCAGAAAGAAAGGAGAGAGUAAAGGUAUGUGCAGCUUCUGGAAGCAUCAAUUGAGUAUCUGGUUGAUCAUUUCGCAGAACACAGAGCUCUCAGACCCGCGUACACGUAACUCCACCGCAUCGCAUAUUCCUCGAAGCGCACCACACUUCACAACUGCACUACUUCCCACGCUCCGUUGCCUCGCUCCUACAACCCGCACCAGCACUCCACACAAGCGUACACCCGCUGCACAUCCCAACCCUUCGACGACCACCAGCCACUCCCACCACACCCCACCCUCCCACGCCGCCAAAAUGAAGCGCAACAUCGUCAUCUUCCUAAUCGUCCUCGUCCUCUUCAUCCUCAUCGCCCUCAUCGCAUACGUAAUCUACUACCUACAAACGCGGAUGGCCGUCGGCGCGGGCACCGAGUCCGAAACAACGAUGUCGGAAGCGUAG